AUGGCUUCAAGCGUACCUCGACCGGGCCCUGCGAACUUGGGGCCCAAUGCUGGUCUUGAUGAAUGGCUCGAGGAGGCAAAGCAGUGUCACUAUCUGCCUGAGCGUGUUAUGAAGGAAUUGUGCGAGAAGGUGAAAGAAAUAUUGAUGGAAGAAUCCAACAUUCAGCCAGUCUGUACCCCCGUCACUGUUUGCGGCGAUAUCCAUGGCCAAUUCUACGAUCUUCUCGAGCUCUUCCGGGUAUCUGGCGGUAUGCCAGGCGAGUCCAACGUGCAGGCGCCGAAGACAGCGACCACCGUCAUUACCUCGGACGACAUCGAGCCACCAACAGAGAUUACAAACCCCAAGUUGAGGAAGAAGAUAAAAGCUUCUGGCGAGAAUGCAACGUCCAGUGGCACAGAAGAGGCCGAGGCAGGCGAGGGUGACGAGGAUCCCGAUGCGACCAUGGCGGACCGUCUAGAAUCUGGCGUCACAGUAAACUCGACAAGUCAAAGUGCUGAUAACCGAUAUAUUUUCUUGGGCGAUUUCGUGGAUCGAGGGUAUUUCAGUUUGGAAACAUUCACAUUACUAAUGUGUCUGAAAGCGAAAUACCCUGACAGAAUAGUGCUCGUCCGUGGUAACCACGAAUCUCGGCAGAUUACCCAGGUGUACGGUUUCUAUGAAGAGUGUCAAAUGAAGUAUGGCAACGCUUCGGUCUGGAAAGCCUGCUGUCAUGUGUUUGAUUUCCUGGUCCUUGCUGCCAUCAUUGACGGCGAGAUUCUCUGCGUUCACGGAGGUCUGAGCCCAGAGAUUAGGACAAUCGAUCAGAUCCGAGUUGUUGCGCGAGCACAAGAGAUUCCCCACGAGGGUGCUUUCUGCGACUUGGUAUGGUCGGAUCCAGAAGACGUUGAAACAUGGGCUAUCAGCCCUCGUGGAGCCGGAUGGUUAUUUGGAGACAAGGUUGCAACUGAGUUCAACCAUGUAAACGGACUGAAGUUGAUCGCUCGAGCUCAUCAGCUUGUCAACGAAGGUUACAAGUAUCAUUUUCCCGAGAACUCGGUAGUGACUGUAUGGUCGGCACCCAACUACUGCUACCGUUGCGGUAAUGUCGCUUCCAUCAUGGCUGUGGACAAAGACUUGAACCCCAAGUUCAGCAUCUUUUCUGCUGUUCCAGACGACCAGAGACAUGUCCCAGCACUCAAGAGGGGUCCUGGUGAUUAUUUCUUGUGA